CUUUGUUUUUGGUGACGUCAUCGCAAGCUGUGUUGUCACUGUGGCUGCAGACGAUGCCAAAUGUGUUUGCAGACGAAGAAAGAAUACAACAUACUUAAACACACGCAAUUAGAGAAACAGCCAUUGCAAUCGCAGUGAAAGACAGGGCUGAUUGAUUUAUAGAAAGGUGUUUGUUGUACCUUGAUUAGGUAACCUGUCGAGGAAAGCAACACUAUAGACUGCUGGUGAAAGGAUGUAUCGCAGGGAGAAGAGCAUACAGAUCAAGAGCAGCGCCUCAGCGCUCUACAACAACCUUAGCGUGCUGCCCAUCGCAGAGAAGUGCCUCACCUACUUCACGGUGGUGCACUGCAACGUGGUGAACAUGGUGAGCGCCUCUGGGGACGGACUCAACUUCUCACACCGCCAGCUGCAGUCCAAGGAGGGCAGCAUCGCCGCCAGCUCCUCCCUCAUCAUACAGGCGUCCUGGUGUGUGCUGCCUUCUCGAGUUCUGCUGGUUCUCACGUCACAGAAGGGAAUCCAGAUGUACGAGUCCGAUGGCUCCAUCAUGGUGUAUUGGCAUGCCCUGGACAUCCCUGAGACCCCUUCAGCCGAGGCAGUGUUUGCUCGUGGAAUUGCAGCAGCCACUACGCUCGGACACUACAUCUGUGUGGGCACCUCCUCUGGCUCUGUCCUGGUGUUUAAAAUACCGGACAAGGGGGCCAACAUCGUCCUAUCCGAGGUGCUGGAGGAGCACAGGGAUCCCAUCACAGACAUCACCACAGAGACCUCCCGCAGCAAGGAAUAUAUUGCUGAUAUAGUCAGUGCAGACGACUCCGGCUUGCUUUGCAUCUGGAAAGCAGGAGAAGAUUUUAAACUGCUGAACAAGAUCCCUGCUUAUGGGUGCUCCUGCUCCUCGAUAAAGCUGUGGUCUGGGAUUGUUAUCGCGGGGUAUGGCAGUGGGCAGAUCCGACUCUACGAUGCCCUGUCAGGCGUGGUGCACGCGGAGGUGAACGCACACGCGCGCUGGAUCUACGCACUGGAUAUUGCACCGGACUCGGGCAAGCUGCUGUCCGGAGCAGAGGACUCGCUGGUACGAAUCUGGAAGCUGAGCAAGUCCCCUGAGUCGCACUCUGUUGAGAUCGAGCACCAGCACACCGAGUGUGUCACCGAUGUCCAGAUCUGUGGAGCAAAGUUCUGUGACCCUGAGGGGAGCGCCUUCGCUGUCACCGGAUACGACCUGUGCGAGAUCAUCCGCUACACUCUGGUGUAGGGCCUGGGAGUGAGGAAGAGCACGAACCCACAACACAGAGAGCAUCUGCUAUCACCAUUGUGUGUGUGUGUGUGUGUGUGUGUGUGUGGGUGUGGGUGUGUGGGUGUGGGUGUGUGUGCGUGUGGGUUUAUCUAUAUUGCUUAUGGGGUCCAAAAAGUUGGGAAGUCCUGACAAAACCUACCUUAUGAGGACAUUGUACAUGUCCAUAUAAUGUUUAAACAUAACCAUCUUAACUAUUAUAUAUAAUAUU